AUGGAUUCUACACCGGCCCUGACGGCCAUCUGCGCCCUCAGCUCUAUAACACUUAGAGUUGCGAGCUAUAUCUUUUUACGUUGGAUACCAGGUCAUCUUUUCGUCAGCGUUAUAUUCUCCGCAUUUGCCGUUUACGCAGCCACAUUCACGAUCAUAUACCUUGUAAAACCAGCCUACAAGAUAGUUGGCAAAACUACCGAGAUCACUGUCGUGCAGCCCAAGGCCCAGGAGGCUAUAUACGCAGUCUCCAAGACACCAGGGGUUGUGGUGGUGGAGUCGGAGAGCACACAGACCAAUCUCUUGCUCAACCCUAACAAGCUCUCUGCCGUGGAAGCUACGCAGACAGUUGUGUACCGCCGCAAAGAUACGCAUCCUCUUAAAACUCUACUACUGGGAACGCCCUCACCUUCGUCCCGAAAGCUAUCGUGGACUACAUUCGCAAUCAAUAGUCUUUUAACCCUUGCAACAUGGGACUUGACAUUUCGCACUGAUUACUUCUACAAAGCCCAGGACCUCUCAUUCGCCAGGAUUGGCUACGUCGGCCCUAAUUCUGCAAAGCUCCUCUUCCGCGAGCCUGAUAAGCUCAAGUACCCAGUGUCUGUGUGGUAUCAGGUCGAGGCCCCUGGCAUCAUUGAUGCACAUCUCGUUGAUACAAUCCCCUUCUUGACCGAGGCCACAGAUUACACAAAGACAGUGACAAUCCCCCACUUGAACCCAGAAACCAAGUACAGAUACUUCACAUCCGCAGCCCACAAUGGAACGUUCACCACCGCCCCCCCACUUGGGAAAUCUCCCGCCGGAGGGAAGUUCACCUUCCUAACAAGCUCAUGCAUCAAACCACGUUUCCCAUACGAUCCACUCCAGCACCCUCUAGCAGUACAGGGGUUCAAGGUCCUCGGCGGGAUGCUCGAAGAGCUAAAGGCCUCAUUUAUGCUUUUCCUUGGCGACUUCAUCUACAUCGACGUGCCCCGCCGCCCCGGCGUCGAUGUUGAGUCCUACCGCCAAUACUACCGCCAGAUCUACGCCUCCCCCGACUGGCCGGCGGCCGGUAACAACCUGCCGUGGAUUCACGUUCUGGACGACCAUGAAAUCGCCAACGACUGGUCCUCAAACACAACCGGCAUCUACCCCGCCGCCAUCGAGCCCUUCAACCACUACCAGCACGCGCCCAACCCGCCAGCCGUGCGCACCGCAGACGACGAAACAUACUACAGCUUCUCGUGGGGCUCCAGCGCAUCCUUCUUCAUGCUCGACACCCGCCGCUAUCGGUCGCACGACAGCAUCCCAGACGGCCCGGGGAAGACCAUGUUGGGAAAGCAGCAGCUCGAGGACCUGCUCAACUGGCUUAAGAAGGACGACGGCGGCGCCGACUUGGGCCACGGGGAGGAGGUGCAGUGGAAGUUCAUCGUCAGCAGCGUGCCGUUCACAAAGAACUGGAGGUUCGGCGGGAACGACACGUGGGCCGGAUACCUGCAUGAGCGGAGACAAAUCCUGGAGACUGCAUGGAGUGUGGGCGGACGCAGCGGUGUGGUGGUGCUGAGUGGUGAUCGCCAUGAGUUUGCUGCUACUGCUUUCCCGCCGCCGGAGAAUUCACAGUGGCCGGCGAGCAGCGCGGUUCAUGAGUUUUCGUGUAGCCCGCUGAGCCAGUUCUACCUGCCGAUUCGGACGUACCGCCAAGAGGAUAAUGAGGACGUCACUAUCAAAUACCAACCCGACGGUAACGUGAAAUUCGGAGCAAUCACAAUCGAUACUACGAACGUGGAGCAAGCCGUGCUGAAAUACCAGCUGUUUGUCGACGGGGUUGAGGACUGGAGCUGGGUGCUCACUGCACCGGCGAGAGGGAAGAAGGCGAAGGGGGGAUUGAAGAAGAAGCAGUGGAGUUGA